AUGGCCCAUUCCUGCCACGGCUACGAUCUUGUGCUGCGACGGUAUCUCUUGGCCCUGCACCACCUCCUCGACUGCGUCCGCUUCGUCGCGGCGGUCGUCCUGGACCGCCUCGGCAUCGUCUCGUUCGAAGGCGAGAUGCUGCCCGGUGAGCCUUGGAGCGAGCUCGUUGACACUGCGCUGAUGGAGCGCCUCAUGGAGGCAGCGUUCUGGCAGUCCAGCUCGCCGCCGAAGGUGAAUCGUUCGUCCUCGUGGACGGCGCCACAGUACAGACGACGGCGGGUUGCGCCGGCGGAUGUCGAGGGAGCCGAGGACGACGACGGGUGCGUGGGCAUCUGCGCCAUUUGCUUGGCGGCGCUCGACGUGGGAGGGCAACUGGUCACGGAGUUGUGCAACUGCUCGCAUGCGUUCCACGGCGCCUGCAUCGGUUAUUGGAUCGGCAGCGGCGAGGCUGGCACUUGCCCGCUGUGCCGCACCCCGACGUUACCAACGGCGUGGUGGAACGGUUGGCGAGAAGUAGUGCCACACACGUCUUUAUCUCCUUGA